CCUAUGUAUAUCCACGGACCAUUAAAGUCAAGAUCGAGUGACAACUCGUGAAACUUAUCGCUAUCAGAUGGGUUUUCAAUUUUGUGGUGGGAUACCAUAAACUCCCCACACAACUUUUCGCUUCUAGCUCUCCACCAUCCCACCUUUCACCAACGAAAAACGAAAAAAAUGCCUGCACCAACUGCCCUACAGAAGCCCGCGCCCGUGGAGAUCGAGGAUGUCUCUAUCCCGGACCACUCAGCCGACGAUGAAAUGAUCAUGAUCGAGACCGCCAUGCCGUCGCUCGAGACCGGAGGAGUCAACCCUGUUAACCAAGUACAACAGGAUGCUGUUUUGCAGAUUGACGAGGAGGGGCGGCCGCGCUUUGCGCCUGCUCAGAAGACGAAAGGAGCAGUCACCCAAGAGAGCCGGAAGGUACCCAUCCCGCCACACCGAAUGACGCCUCUCAAAGCCGCCUGGCCGAAGAUGUUCCCGCCACUCGUCGAGCACCUUCUCUUGCAGGUGCGCAUGAACCUCAAGGACAAGGCGGUUGAGCUACGGACGUCGAAGAAGACGGUAGACACCGGUGCGCUGCAGAAGGGUGCGGAUUUCGUCAAGGCGUUCUCGCUAGGCUUCGAUGUCGACGAUGCGAUCGCGCUACUGCGUCUAGAUGAUCUGUACAUCGAGACAUUCGAGAUCAAGGAUGUCAAGACGCUGACCGGAGAGCAUUUGGCGCGUGCGAUCGGUCGUAUCGCUGGAAAGGACGGAAAGACCAAGUUCGCGAUCGAGAAUACCACAAAAACCCGUAUCGUGCUGGCCGAUCAGAAGAUUCACAUUCUUGGCGGUUUCCAGAAUAUCAGGAUGGCCAGGACUUCGGUCGUCAACCUGAUUCUCGGAAGUCCCCCCGGAAAGGUGUAUGGUAACCUGAGGAAUGUGGCGGCUAGGCAGAAGGAGAGGUUUUAGACAUCUGGGUGUGGUUGUUUGACGGCACAAAAGUUUUAUCUGGUGUUUUUGGGUUUGACUUAUUGUUUUUUUUUGUGGGGAGGAAAUGGUCUACGAACGGCGUCUUUGGGAUUAUCUUGCUUGCGCGCUCUGCAUGGUGGCAGAUACAAGAUGAAGAGGUUACAUGAGAGCAGUAUGCAAAUCGUCACGAGAGUUCGAGUGUGAUGUCUGGUGGCCGGCAAAAGGUGACUUCGUGUGAGGGCCACUCUGGCCCGACAAAAGCAAAGUGUCUUCCGGGAGUGCUGUCAAU